UGGUAACGCGGAAGUGAGGGGUCCCAGGGGAGCCGCUCUGCCCAUGGCGCCUGCGGCACCCGGGGAGAUGCUGGUCCAGGGCUUAGCGCGGCUUCUCCAGGACUCCGGAGACUUGGUUCUAGAUGGCACUAGCACCCUCACCUUGCUCACCUCCACUCUGCAACAUCUGACACAGGUCUUUGAGCAGCAUCUGGUGUCUCGGAACCAGAACCAUGGUUUCAUUGCCCUUCCAUCACAUCCAGCUGACACAUCUGCCAUUCUCCAGGCCCAGUUCUUGUUUGACAUCUUGCAGAAGACUCUCUCCCUGAAGCUUGUCCACGUCCCCAGUUGUAAUCUGCAAUCCUCUGUGAAGAUCUUCCCCUUCAAGUCUCUCCGGCGCCUGGAGCUGAAAUCUGUUCCUCUGCACUGCCUGCGGGGCCUGCGGUUUGUCUAUUCCCAGCUGGAGGCCUUAACUUGUAGCAAAUGCGUCAGCACGCUGGAGGAGGUCAUCUCAGCCUGCGGAGGGGAUCUGAGCUCCGCCCUCCCCUGGCUGGAAUUGCAGACUGUUAACUUCAGCUACAACACCAUCACUGUCCUGGAUGGAUCGCUGCAACUGCUGAAUGCCCUGAAGGUCUUGGAUUUGAGUCACAACAGAAUCUGGGACUGUGAGCACUACUUAACAACCCUUACGGAGCUGGAGUACUUAAAUCUCGCUUAUAACUUCCUGCCAAAGCUGCCAGACCUGGGACUCUGUAGUCGAACCAAGCUGGUGACUCUGAUCUUGCGCAGCAAUGAACUUGACAGCAUUAAUGGGGUGGAGCAGCUGCUGAACCUGCAGCACCUGGAUGUAGCCUAUAACCUGCUGUUGGAACAUGCCCAGUUAGCACCACUGUCCAUGCUGCACAACAUGAGAAAACUGUACUUAGAGGGAAACCCAUUGUGGUUUCACCAGAACCACCGAUCUGCAACCAUCGUACACUUGUCUCCCAGGGCAGCUUCCUUCACUCUCCUCUUGGAUGGAGAAUUGCUGACUACCUCAGACCUGAUGCACCUUCCAAAAUCUGGGCAGGUCAUUGCCCAGUCAAUCCGCUCUUCGACCUCGGAGAAGACCCUGCUGGACCGCAGUGCCCUGGACAGCUCCUACGGCGCAGACCUCAGUGACAGCCAGUCUCCAGGGGAGAGUGGGGCUGCCAGGCUCCCGCAGAGAAAAUCCAAGGGAAAUGUUAAGGUGCGCCGGCCGAGCAUCUCCGAGCCCAGUGAUACAGAGCACGAGUACCAGGCACUGCUCUCCUCAGCUGGGAUGGUCCUGCGGCAUCAGAAGGAGAUGGAGCGCAUGGACGCCUUCCGAGAUCACUUUGGUGCUGACUGGCUCCAGUACAAGAGGCAACUGGAGGAGCAUGGCCGAGAGGGGCCUGUCAUCUCCCUUAGCUGUCCUGCAAAGGAGGUCCCCGGCAGCCUGCCUGGCACCGACACACCGAGCAAGAGCACCACCCAGGAGCAAGAGACGCCCUCUGAGUUGCUGAGGGACACCUUUCUCCCUUUGGACAGCAUGAGGGAGGAGGAGAAGGAGUCGCAGCUGGAGGAGUCCUUGAGAGAAAGCCAGAAAGGAGAGAUGGAAGCGGAUGAGGUCGUGGCCCAGGAGGAAGAGGAGAAGCCAGAAGUGGACCUUUGCCAGCCUGUGUUAGUGAGCCAGAUAGAAGGUGAUGGUGACCCAGAGCCAGACUGGAUCUUCCUGCGUGUCACAGCCCGACAUGUGAUUGAGGUGGAGCUGAAGGCAGCCAGAGUCCUCCAUAAACUGGAAUUGAGAAGCCUGCAGAAAGUGGAGACCUCUGAAAUGACCUGGAAAAGGAUGGAUACCUCCAAAAAGGGUCCUGCCCAGUGUGCUGUGCAGUUCUCUGCUAAAUCCCAGGAGCACAUAGCCGCAGGCUGGCCUCUCCUGCCUGGGAUCUGGGCUUUUUGCUGUAUUUCCUCCUUGCAGGACCUGGAGCGUGUGUUCCCUGUCCUCACACUCCAUUUCAGCUACAUCCGCAAGGACCGUCAGAAGCGCAGAUACGUGGUGCUGGAUGAUCAUCCGGAGCUUUGUGUGCAGUGUGUGCUGAGAGUGCUGUCCCCAGCUCUGGAGGAGAAUCGCAGACGUCCGGGAGUAGAGGAGGGGUCCAUGAAGCUCCAGUGCCUGAAAUGCAAGCAGGAGUUUGCCCAGCCCCUGGCACUGUGGCAGCAGAGUCCAUAUCCUGCACCGGCUGAAGGUGGCAAAGGCAUGGAGACCUCAGCUCAGCCAAACCAAGAGGCUACUGCCCCUGGUGAGCCCAUGGUCUGCCCCAGCUGCUCCAGCGACCACGUCGUCCUCCUGCCCUGCGAGAGGCGCUCCAGCACCCCAUUGCCCUCACAACAUCACGCAGACAAAGCCCUGUCAGAGCCGGGCCCCCAGGGGAGUCUGGAGGCAGCGUCUGUCCUGGGCAGCCAGAGCAGGCAGUUCUAUAUUGGUGGGGAGGAUGAUGGCUCCGAGACCGACCCCAGGACCCAGGAGCUCAGCGGUGACCAUGGCAGCACCGUCCACUCCAGCUCCGACGGGGACGGCAGGAGGAAGGAGCUGGGCCUGAAGAGCUGCUACUCGUCCCUCAGCCGGACAGACACCAGUGGGGGGAGCCUGAUGGGGAGUUACCGCUAUGGCGCCUCCCGUGGGCCCACGCCCUCCCAGCUCUCACUCAACUCAGAGUCCGAGGAGACCUGGAACCUCAGUCCCUCCACAAACAGUACCCUGGAUGUGAGGGACUUCCGCUCCGUGGACCAUCGUCUCAGGCUCUACCUAGACAUGGAGGUGUUUGAGGAGAAUGUAGAAGAAUUCCAGUGCUUCCUCAAGGUGGCCAUGGUGAAGUUUGGCCGGUAUGGGGAGUUCCCUGCACUCCUGGUGGCCUCGGAUCUCAGGAUUCAUGUGCUAGAAGUCACUGGGGAGAUCAGGGGGCAACCAGUGGACUGGCUGAAGAAAAAUGACUCUCAUUAUCUAUCCGAUCUCUGCUACCUGGAGAUGGGGCUGGGCCACCAGAGUCUGCGUAUGGAGUUUGACAAUCCCAAGGCCUCCUACAACUUGCUAAUCCGAAACCAGAGCCGCUGUGACCAGUUCCUACAGUGCUUGACAUAUCUCCUGCAGGAGCUGCCAGGCAAGCCCAGGAGCAGAGUGAAGGAAAUCCACACUGUUGAGAUGAAUCCCCAGCAUCGGCUGUGGCCUCUACUGGAAAAGGCCCUGUGCUCGGUGGCUGUAGACAGCACGUCCAGCUGCUUCUUCUACCUGCUGGCAUAUUUGAUCCAAGGUGCCUCUGCCUUCCCUGUGACUCUGCUGAGCACCUGCAGCACUCUGUUCCUGCUGGAGGAGAAUCACCAGUGGCAGCGGGUCCAGCCCACGCCAGGUGCGGCUGGUGAGAAGGAAGUGCCCCCCAAGAGCAGUGUCCAGCUGAAGGAGAAACAGCCAAUCAGCAGCAUCAGCAGCAUCAUCACUUACCGCUUCUCUCCCUGUGACGUCAAGCUGAUGUUUUAUGAUGAGGUGCUGAAGGUGGAAAGCACCUGGCACAUCCACACAGAAUGUCCUGAGCUGCUGGCUCAGCUGGUUGAGUGGAUCCGUGGACCCUGGGAGGAGAUGUUCUCCAUCGAGCUGCGGAAGACAAUGCAGGAGGUCCUGGAGUGAGCAUGGUAGCUGCUGACGGGCAGAGCUGGCUGCCUGGCUGGGUGUACUGCUGUGGAGGGGCAGAGUGAAGGUGACUCUGCCUGACAUUCCUGUUCAUUGGCCUCUGCCUGCUCCUGUGCUCUGGACCCGGGGCUUUUGCUGGUGGGGAGGAGGGGAGCACUGAAUGUUUUAGCUGGUCUGGCAGCUGAACUGACUUGGUUGGGUCUGGGGGCAGGCGCAGAGGGGUGACACGUGGUGCAGACACUGACAUAACCUCAUGGAAGCUGUGCAGAGCUGCAGCCCGGUGGUUUCUGAAGUCUCACUCACGGGGAGUAGCGACCAUGCCAAGGUCGCUUCCUAUUUAUCCCUGGGGUCCAGGCCCAGUGGGAGCCCAGCAAGGUGGGUGGUGGAGCCAAAGCCUGCUUGGACAGGUAAUAGGCAGGCAUCUGGGGCUGGCCUUUCCUCUGUCGGGUGUAUCUGCUGCAUGUCCACUUGCUCUCAGUUCCGUCCUGCUGAAUCCCAUAUUUGUGUCUGGCCUUUUGUGGCUUCCCAGAUGUCUCUUGCCUUGAGCCAGGGGCUGCCUGCCGAGAUGGGCCAGGGCACCCUGCCAGGGAGGGGGCCAGGGUGACCGUGGGCAGAGUUAUCUGUGCCUGCUACUUGUAACUCUUCCCUCAGUGGGGUUGGGCAGCUGCUUGGGAUCCUGGGAGGGGCAGUGAGUCUAUUUUAACCAGGACAGUUUUACUAUUUUCUAUUGUAAUAAAAGCUUCUAUUUAUUGA